GUUGGAUACUAAUAUCAAAUAAAAACAACCAUUAAAAACCCAACCAAAUGUUUAACGCCUCUUUUGUUUUAUAGGUUUGUAAGUGACUCGGUUGGAUUAAUUUUAGGCAGUAGCUUUCAAAUCGUAGGUGUGAACGGGAAUCCCUCGUAAGGAGAAUUUUCCGUACAUACAUGAUUUUAACCUAACAAUUCCUCCAUAAAAUAUAAAACAAAAAUUUUUUUUUCACUUUUUUAAUCCUGACGCACCAAGUCUCUCUCAUCAAUUAUUGAUAAUUAGUAAUUAAUCAGAAAAUAAAAACACUAAAUUAAGUAUUAGGAGUAAUCAAUUAACCAAUCUGCAUAUUUUCUUUUUAACAGUCUUGCAUCAAUAUGUCUUCAGCAUAUACUAUAUUCUUCUCCUUCUUUUUGCUAUAGACUUCCAACAGCAAAUCUCUUCUCCAAACUAUUGAAACAAAGAUGGGUGCGCGUAUCCUUGCCUCUCUCGUAGAUGUAGCUGUGUCGAAGGUGACUGCUGUUGCUUCUGAUCAGUUCAAUUUAGCACUGGGAUGGAACAAUGACCUGACAAAGUUUCGUGUUACAAUGACGAUGCUCCGAGGUUUCUUGCAAGAUGCUGACGAAAAGAAUGUCAGUGGCCACCUUGAUCUGAAGUUGUGGCUCCAGGAACUUCGAGAUAUUGCAGAUGAGGCUGAUGAUAUACUGGAGGAGGUCGCUUAUGAAGGUAUGCAGCGAGAAGUUAACAAAUCAAAGGUCAGGCGCUUAACUCUGCCUGACUCCUUGCCCUUGCCAUUUGGCCAGGGAAUGGCUAAUAGAGUUGCGGAUUUAAAUAAAAGACUUGCUGAUAUCAAUUCCUUGGCUCGUCAGUUGGGACUGCAACGCAAACUUGCAAACAUGCUUCCUGAACCCAGAGGCAGGGCAGACCGAGAGACCCAAUCUUUUCUUUCAUCUCGAGUUUAUGGAAGAGAGGAAGAUGUCUCUAAAAUAGUCAGCUUGUUGGUUGACUCAAGUAGUCAGCAUGACCUUCCUGUCAUGAUUGUGGUGGGUAUGGCAGGCCUUGGCAAAACCACUAUAGCAAAAGCAGUGCUUAAAAAUGAUAAAAUACGAGAACAUUUUGGUGAUAAUAAAAUGUGGGUUUGUGUGUCUGAAAAUUUUGAUGUCAAAAUGAUUUUAAUUGAGAUGUUGAAGUCUUGUGGUGGAAGUAGUCGUGGUGAUGGUGAUUUUGGAAGCAAAGAUAUAGUGAUGAAGAAAAUACAAGAGAAGUUGAGGGAGAAAAAUUAUCUUCUCAUACUAGAUGAUGUCUGGAAUGAGGAGAGACAGAGGUGGGAGGAUUUAAGGAAUUGCUUGUUGGGAAUAAGUGAAAAUAAGGGGAGUAGGGGUAAGGUGCUUGUGACAACCCGGCUUGAAGAUGUUGCAUCAGUAAUGGCACUUACUGAUGAACACAUCCAUCAUCCUCGGCAAUUAAAUGAAGAUGAGUGCUGGAGUAUAAUCAAGCAGAGAGCAUUUGGAGACAAUUCAGUAACUGAGGGGUUAGAGGGAAUUGGAAAACAGAUUGCUAAAAGGUGUAAAGGCAUUCCACUAGUUGCAAGUAUUAUAGGGGCUAUUUUGCAGAAAAAGAGGGACAAAAGGGAGUGGCAGGCAAUUACAGAGAAUCGUGUUUGGGAUUCAUUGGAAAAGGAAGGGAUCUCAGAUAUAAUAAAAUUCAGCUAUGAUCGCUUGCCCACACUGGCUUUGAAGCAAUGUUUUGCAUUUUGUUCCAUUUUUCCUAAGGAUUUUGUCAUGGGAAGGGUGAAGCUAAUUCAACUUUGGAUGGCUCUGGGAUUUCUUGAAUCACCUGAAGAAAUUAGUAAUAUGGCAGCGGAAGAUAUUGGUGAAAAGUAUUUUAGAUAUUUGUUAUCAUAUUCCUUAUUUCAAGAGGAAAGGAGGGAUGAUGUAACUGGGACUGUUGAAUCUUGUAAGAUGCAUGAUUUGAUUCAUGAUUUUGUCCAGUCAAUUUCAAAAUCUGAGACGCUGAUUGUUGAGGAGUGGCCUAGGAGCAAUAUUUCUCAUGAUGUUAGGCAUUUGAAUCUAAUGGAUGAGAGGGAAAUGGAGCCAUCUAUUUCAGGAGAUGUUGCUAAAAAGUUGCAGACUGCUAAAAAGUUGCAGACAUUGUUUUCCAAGCAUAGUUUUUCUAAUGGUGUGCAAGUGGAUCUUAUGAGGUUGCGAGUUCUCAGCCUUGCAGAUGCUUGUGAUGCAAAACAAUUGCCGACGUGCUUUGGCAACUUGAAGAGGUUGAGGUACUUGGACAUUUCAGGAACUCAAAUAGAAAAACUGCCAGAAUUCGUCUCCGAGUUGUACAAUCUACAAACAUUUAGAUUCAUGAAUUGCAGAUCUCUUAAAAUGCCCGAAGGAGGAAUAGGAGAUUUAAUCAACUUGAAGCAUAUUUAUUUCUAUGAUGAAGAGCGUAUGCCUGCAAAUCUUGGGAGACUAACCAACCUACAAACAUUGCCAUUGUUUUUUGUAGGUACAACAAAGGGACAUAAAAUUGAAGAAUUGGGAAGCUUAAGAGGACUCAAAGGAAGACUAGAGAUCCGUAAGCUUGAUCUUGUUACUGGCAAAUCGGAAGCGGAGGCAGCAAAGUUAAAAGAGAAGGCAAUCAAGGAUUUGGACUUUCAUUGGUCGAAAGGCAAAGGCAAUCAAGAUAAAGAUGAAGAUGUCUUAGAAGGCCUCCAACCCCCCUCAAAUAUAAGAAGUUUAAGGAUUGAUGGCUAUGGAGGUAGAAAGUUGGCAUCAUGGAUGUUGUCACUCAACAAUUUGGUGGAUCUGACAAUAUCCAGGUGCUAUAUGCUUCACAGAAUUCCAGAUAUCAGUGGGCUUCUAUCUCUUCAGCAGCUUUAUGUUUCCGACUGUGAUGAAGUAACUAGUUUGGGUGAUGGUGAUGGAGCAUUUACGUCUCUCAAACAAUUAUCCAUAUUCAUGUGUGGUAAGUUAGAGAGAGUUUUGGUUAGUGGAUUAUCAUCUCUGGAGGAACUCAAGAUUCAGCAUUGCUGGGUGAUAAAUAGCAUAGGAGAUAGCCUAUCAAGCUCCACGUGUCUCAAACAUUUGCGUCUGGAAAGCUGUCCUAAAUUGCAGUCUAUUCCAAGUCUAGAAGGACUUGUCUCUCUCAAAACAGUAAUUAUUCACAAUUGUAAAGAAUUAGAGCGUCUACCGAGUGGGCUCUCAUCUUGCACUGCUCUGGAGAAAUUGAUCAUAGUGUAUUGCUCUAAUUUGGUUUCUAUUCCUGAAGAAUUGAAACAGUUGCAGUCUCUUGUUGAGUUGAAUUUUUGGGAUUGUCCAAAAUUGAAGUUUAUUCCAAGUCUAGAAGGACUUGUCUCUCUCAAAACACUAAAUGUUACCAAGUGUGAUGAAUUAGAGCGUCUACCGAGUGGGCUCUCAUCUUGCACUGCUCUGGAGAAAUUGCGGAUACAGGAAUGCUCUAAUUUGGUUUCUAUUCCUGAAGAAUUGAAACAAUUACAGUCUCUUGUUGGAUUGGCUUUUAGCGUUUGUCGAAAAUUGAAGUUUAUUCCAAGUCUAGAAGGACUUGUCUCUCUCAAAACAAUAACUAUUUCCGGUUGUGAUGAAUUAGAGCCUCUACCGAGUGAGCUCUUAUCUUGCACUGCUCUGGAGAAAUUGGCGAUAUGGGGACACUCUAAUUUGGUUUCUAUUCCUGAAGAAUUGAAACAGUUGCAGUCUCUUGUUGAGUUGAGAUUUUCGGGUUGUCCAAAAUUGAAGUUUAUUCCUCUAGAAGGACUUGUCUCUCUCAAAAUAAUAGAUAUUUCCAAUUGUGAAGAAUUAGAGCGUCUACCGAGUGGGCUCCCAUCUUGCACUGCUCUGGAGACAUUGGAGAUAAGGAAAUGCUCUAAUUUGGUUUCUAUUCCUGAAGAAUUGAAACAGUUGCAGACUCUUGUUGAGUUGGAUAUUUGGGAAUGUCGAAAAUUGAGGAGCUUCCCAGACGAGAUCUUGGGCUCUCUUGCCAGCCUGAAGAAAUUAGGGCUGGGCCCUUUCUCAGAAGAGCUGAAGGAAUUCCCAGAUCUGAGUUCCACUUCCUCCCUUGAAGUCUUGCGUUUGGAAGGAUGGGGGGAAUCGCUAACUCUGCCACAUCAAAUUGAUCGCCUCACUGCUCUCAAGAACUUAACUAUCAAAAGCGUCAAUGGAGUGGAAGGAGCUUUAUUGGGAAACCUUUCUUGUCUUAAAACACUUGAAAUUCAAGAUUGUUGUCGGUUAGAGUGUCUAUCAGGUGGGCUGUCAUCUGUUGAGAAGCUGGGGAUAACAAAUUGCCCUAAUCUGGUCUCUUUCCAAGGAGAGUUGAAGGAAUUGCCUUCUCUAACCAUUGUAGGUUGUCCGAAAUUUGUGGGCUUCCUAGAGGAGAGUCUCGGCUGCUUUACUAGGUUGAAGAGAUUAGAGAUCGGCUGUUGCUCAGAAGAAUUCCCAAGUCUGAGUUCCAUCCCCGCCUCCCUUGAAUAUUUGACCCUGAGGGGAUGGGAAAAACUAACUCACCUUCCACAAAUUCAACACCUCACUGCUCUAAAGGAGUUGAAUAUAGUGGACUUCAGUGGAAUGGAAUCUUUGCCAGACUGGUUUAACAACUUGUCCUCCCUUCAACGACUUGAAAUUUGGGGCUGCCCAGACGAGUUAAAGGAAAGAUGCACCAAGGGAAGCGGUCCUGACUGGCACAAGAUUUCUCACAUUCCACACAUCGAAAUAAAUCAGGACGACAUCCAUGGAUACGGAUACGAAUCCGAAGACUGAGGCAAAGAGAUGUGAUUAAUUAUGAGUGAAUAAUCAAUGAGUUGAUGGAAUGAUGAUUUCUACAAUUCUGAAUUGAAAUCCUACAAGCUUCAACGUUGUGCAGCGCGUAAGUUUGAUUCCAGUAUGUUGUCUCUUGUUUGUGCAUAGCUGUCUUUUUUUAAAUUAUCAGUACCCUUGGUCCUUCAAAAGAGGGAUCCCAAUGUAGCUUUGCAGGCGCCAACCAAACUAUUUUGCAUCUUGUAUUCAAGCUUCUGAAGAACCUAAGGUUUCAGUCAUAAAAAAAGAAUCUGAGGUUGUUCGAGAUUCUCUAGUGUGGACUUUGUAUUCAAGCCUUCGUUUCAUUUAUGACAUUGCUUUUCUACACUUCUGCUUAUGGUUUUAAUACCGUGUCUGUACUCAUGUACAAUCUUUUGUUUUUGCAGAUUUUCUUUGUACUGUCUGGUUGUUCGUUUGGUUCCCAUAAUCAUAUGGUACGUCAAAAGAAAGAAAUGACUAAAUUAUUAGUUAUGAGAUUCAUAAAACAGAGUGAUGGUA